UAGAGCAGAUGUGGAUUUUCUUGUCUGGAAUAUGCCAAAGUUACUGUUAUGACCAACAAACAAAAUCUCUUUCUCUUUCUCUUGCCCAACCUACCUUUCUAUCUGUUUCAACCUGCCCCUUCUGCCCGUCCUGACACUUUCCCUCUUUCUCAGGCACCCCCUUUCUCUCUUAGCCUUUGACUAAAUUUUCCUACUUGGGUGUCAUUACGUUGCACUUAUUAUCAAUUCUUUAAUGUGUUUUUGAGAUGGGAUUUUUUUGUUUUAUCUGAAGUUUUUUGCUUUUGUGAGUUUUUAGAGGCUGAUCAAUAGUUUCUUUGUUGUGAAGAUGGGUGUUGUUUCUUUUACUUAUUGUUGAUUGUUUUAAGUGUUUUGAGACGGGUUUUUUGUUGUUAUUUUGCUAAAGUUGUUUGCUAUUAUGAGUUAUGAGAAGUUGAGCCUUUGAGUUUUUGUGGUGAUGGGUUUGAGUCAGACUGUAAAGGUUAAGAACUGGGAAGUGCAUAGUAGUAGUAAUAAUAAUAAAUUAAGAAAGGUGAAAAAGAAGAUCAAAGAUGGAGCUGAAAAAGAAGAUGAAGUUGGGUGUUGGAUUAGGUUCAGGAUUCUAGAGAGUUGCAUGCCUUCAAGGUCAGAAGUUGAUAGUUCCAUGAGUGGUACUAGUGUCAACUAUGCUAAUAAAUCUCCAAAUGAGAAAAGAAGAAACCUACCAGUUGUUCCUGUGUCGUCUACAACCACAAGUAAUGCAGAAAGUACUUCAUCCACUCCGAAAUUCAGUGAGGAGCUGAAGAUUGCUUCUCAGCUUCGGAAGUUCACAUUUAACAAUCUUAGGUUAGCAACUAGGAAUUUCAGACCAGAGAGUCUUCUAGGUGAAGGUGGGUUUGGUUGUGUCUUCAAAGGUUGGGUUGAGGAAAAUGGGACUGCUCCUGUAAAACCUGGAACUGGGCUUACCGUUGCAGUUAAAACCCUAAAUCAUGAUGGACUUCAGGGUCAUAAAGAAUGGCUAGCUGAAGUUAAUUUCCUGGGCAACCUCCUCAAUCCAAAUUUGGUUAAAUUGGUUGGUUAUUGCAUCGAAGACGAUCAAAGGUUACUGGUAUACGAGUUCAUGCCUAGAGGGAGUUUGGAGAACCACCUCUUUAGAAGGUCCUUGCCUCUUCCUUGGUCUAUCAGAAUGAAGAUUGCAUUAGGUGCUGCAAAGGGCCUUGCCUUUCUUCACGAAGAAGCUGAAAAACCUGUGAUAUAUCGUGAUUUUAAAACAUCGAACAUUUUAUUAGAUGCAGAUUACAAUGCCAAACUCUCUGAUUUUGGACUUGCCAAAGAUGCUCCUGAGGAAGGUAAAACUCAUGUAUCCACUCGAGUAAUGGGAACCUACGGUUAUGCUGCUCCAGAAUAUGUGAUGACAGGACAUUUGACAUCAAAGAGUGAUGUCUAUAGCUUUGGAGUGGUUUUACUGGAAAUGCUGACUGGCAGAAGAUCCAUGGAUAAAAACAGACCAAACGGGGAACACAAUCUGGUGGAAUGGGCAAGGCCACAUUUUGGAGACAAGAGGAGGUUCUACCAAUUAUUAGACCCUCGCCUUGAAGGUCACUUUUCAAUCAAAGGUUCUCAGAAAGCUGCCCAGCUGGCUGCCCAGUGCUUGAGUCGUGACCCCAAAAGCAGACCCCGGAUGAGUGAAGUUGUGGAAGCAUUGAAACCAUUACCCAAUCUCAAGGACAUGGCCAGCUCUUCCUCUUACCUCCAAUCUCUGCCAGCAGAUCAUAACAGGUCCAUCCGGAAUUCUAAUAACGGCAUUAGAACACAGGUAGGAUUCAUCACAAGGAACGGACAACCACCAAUGAGAAGUCUAUCCAAUCCAAAUGGUCUUGCGUCUCCGUAUCAUCAUUCCCACCCAUCACCAAAACCAAAUGGUAAAAAAUGAUAGCUUGAAAGAUUUUGAUUCUGCUCAUCCAUAGAUAAUCACAGUGGUGCUGCAUAUCUUACAAAUGGCCUGUAUUUUUUCUGUUUACCAUUUACAGUACCUUGUAUUAACUCAAACAAAAAAAAAUUCUCCUUGCUUAAGGAGGCUGGUCUAAUUUAUUGUAUCAUUACUUCCAUUGGAAGUCUAUGAGAUUUGAAGACUCGAGACUGAAAAGCUACUGGGGAAGUAGGCUGAAACUUCAUGUUAAUAUGGUAGAAUCUUCAUAAAGAAAUGAAUCUGGACAAGGGUUACAAGUAAA